GUCAUUGUCAAAUCUGUAACUAGUAAGAAAGUCCUUUUUUUCCAAUCGUUGUAUCUUAGCUGCCUCCAAGAGGACCACAACCUUGUCGUGGUUUGGAGGCUUGCACAUCUCAAUGAUCUGGAGUUAUGUUAUAUCAGGGCUUUAUGCUUUGGCUCUUGGUAGGGUGACCCAUGCCAAACAGGUCAAAGGGUAGAGGACAGGCUAAGAGUGGUCCACUGGUCCUUCAGGUCAGGGGUACAGCUCAGGGCUAAUAACCCUGAAUGGUAAAAAUUGUUAUGGAAACCAGAAAUGAAGAAUCCUUCUACAUAUAAGUGUGACGGUAUUCCUGAGUCUUCACCCAGGACUUGUAUGACUGACAACAGGGAAAACCGAGAGUAAGUCAUUGACACGAUGAAGGAAACCCAGAACACCACCAGAGAUGGAGGACCUUCAUUGCUGCCCUGUAAGCCAGCGGUGUAACAGGCAGUAAGUAAGUUGUGUCCUAGAUGAGUGGGAACUGACCUUCAACUUGGUAUUGUUACUGCCCAAUUACUGUCUCCUGCUGGUUUUGGUGACUCUGGUGGACAUAAAUGCACAUUGUGAACAAAUCUCUAACUUCAUAGCCCUAAUAUGCCCCUAACUCAGCACCUGAUUGUACCUGUGUACAUUGUAAUAAUAUUUUCUUUCUUCCUAGUGAGAUGGCUGCGCCCCUGCUCCUGGUGCUUUGCAGUUUGAUUUGCUGGCUGUCACUCUAUGUCUUCUUCUGUCAGCUAAACCGCUAUCACAGCUACGAGUGGAACUGUCGCUUGGUAACUCUUGUUCACGGCAUUCUCAUUGUCUGCCUCUCUGGAUACGUUGGAUUUAUAGAUGGGCCUUGGCCCUUUAAUCAUCCAGGGUCUCCAAACACACAGCUCCAGACUCGGGUGCUGUGCCUGUCGCUGGGCUAUUUUAUAUUUGACAUGUGCUGGUGCAUCUAUUUCCAAACAGAAGGUCUGGUGAUGUUGUCUCACCACAGCCUCAGUAUUCUGGGCAUCAUCAUGGUGUUAGCUUUGGAGCACUCAGCUACGGAGGUCAACGCAGUCAUCUUCGGUAGUGAAAUUACCAAUCCGUUCCUCCAGACCCGCUGGUUUCUCAGAGAAGCUGGAUAUUACCACACCUUGCUGGGAGAUGCUGUGGACUUCCUUUUUAUUAUGCUGUUUUGCAGUGUGCGGAUUGGGGUGGGAGCCAGGCUGUUGUACUGUGAGCUAUCUUCCCCUGUGCCCCUCCCAAUUGUGAAGCUGGGAGGAGUUGCUAUGUACAUGGUGUCCUGGGUCUUCAUGGUGAAUAUUGCCAGAUUUGCCUGGAGGAAGAGUAGUCACAAGUACAAGGCGUGGAGAGAGCGGAGCCAACUCAGUUUACACCCACAGAUCAACGGACUCACAAAGAAAGCUUACUAGCUUGAGGAAGUGAUGUUAAUUGAACUCCAUCCUUGUCCAUCCUGGUUCCUUACUUUAUUUACAGUACAAUUUUCGAAUGCCCUUGGCGGGUGUAUUAUGUUCUCAGCAAGAAAUGUGUUGUAGGUCACUGCCGACCUGAAACUGCCUCUGAACUCAGGUACCUCCAGAAUUCUCAGUAGUGUCUCACUGUCUUUGUGUCAAUUAUAAUGCCUACCUUCUGCUCAGCUCUGAUUUUUUUUUAUUGGCUAUAGUGGUGGCAUGUGUGGAUCAUAAAAUCUUUGGUUGCAUGGUAACUGGUGUCCUAGAAUUCUGUUCUUCUGCUCCUCAGCUUGGGUGCAGUCCUACAAUGAUGGUGACCUUAGCAGAGUGCCAAUAAUCAUAUCCAGACCUAGACAAUGAAUAAGCACAAGGGAUUCUGCAAAUGCUGGAAGUCUUGAGGAGCACACACAAAAUGCUGGAGGAACUCAACAGGUCAGACAGUAUCGAUGGAGGGGAAUAAACAGUCAAUGUUUCAGGCCAAGAACCUUCAUUAGGACUCCUUCCACUAGGGAGACAACAACCAGAUGUCAUUUCAGUUUUUGUAGGCUAGAGCUUGCAAUAAUCUUAGAUUUCCUGUCCUUUUUGCUAUUGCCUCAUCUAUUGUUUAUCCCUAUAGAUUGCAUAAUUUUCAAUGACUUCUGUAGAUCUUCAAGUAAACUUCUGAUCCAAAGAAAUCCUGCCCUUCGUGGUACUAUCAUAAUGAAUUACAGAAUAACGUGGAGUCUAUUUUGCACCUUGAGAGAAAGGCAAGGACUGUUGAGCUCUUGAGCCUUCUGCACUGAAACAAUAGGAGAGUCCUUCAGUCUAUUUCACUGUAACAAGUAAGCCAUUCAGCCCAUUGCUGCUAUGAAAAUGGAGAAUAGGCCAUUCCACCACACAAGUCUCUUGGAGAGGCACAAGUGGAGUUAGUUCACUUCCCUAAGCCUAUAAAAGAACAGUCCCUCGUGUACCGUAAAGAAGCACAUGCAGAGCUUUCAGCUCUGCACACUGUUGCGAGCUGAACAUUAAUUGUUCAUCCCACACCUCAGGUAUUAGAAAGAGGCUUUUCUACCUUCGGAUUUAUGCAGUAGUUCUCAUAUUCUUUAAAUGAAAUUCUAAAGUUGUUCAGUUUACACAACAUUAACUAAUCCAAUCUGGGACAAGUUCAUCAUCACAUCCUUGUUUUGUACUUGCUGCCUUGUAUAUAAAGAUCACAAUCUCUUUUCCCCUCUAAUCUCACAUUUUUCAAUCCUCAGUUCCACUUCGUAGGUUAUAUAUUUGCUCCACUUGGUCACCCUUUUCUUCUUUACUUCUAAGAAGGUUUAUUUCUGAUUUUCAAUUUCCUCACUUGCAGACCCCAGUCAGUUUAGAUUGGUAACAACAUUUCCUCCACAAUCUCUAUCAGCACAGGAUCAACAUAGGGAUGUGUACUUAAGAAUCCUGCUCUACUCUACACUUAUGACUGUGUGGAUAAGCACAGCUCCAAUAUCAAAUUCAAGUUUGCUGAUGACACCACUGUUAUAGGCUGAAUCAAAAGUGGUGAAGAAUCACCAUAUAAGAGGGAGAUUGAAAAUCUGGCUGAGUGGUGCCAUACAAUAACUUGUUACUCAAUAUCAGCAAGACCAAGGAGCUAAUUAUUGACUUCAGGAGGAGGAAACCAGAGGUCCACGAGCCAGUCCUCAUCAGAGGAUCAAAGGAGGAGAGGGUCAGCAACUUUAAAUUCCUAGCUGUUACCAUUUUGGAAGACUUGUCCUGGGCCCAGCACGGAAGUGCAAUUACGAAGAAAGCACAGCAGCACCUCUAAUUCCUUGGGAGUUUGCAAAAAUUCAGCAUGACAUCUAAAACUUUGACAAACUUCUAUAGAUGUGUGGAGGAGAGUAUAUUGACUGGCUGCAUUACAGCCUGGUAUGAAAACACAAAUGAAUAGAAAAUCCUACAAAAAGUAGGAUACUGCCCUGUCCAUUCCUCCCCACCAUUGAGCACAUCUUCACGAAGCGAUACCACAGGAAAGCAGCAUCCAUCAUCAGGGACCCUCACCACCUAGGACGUGCUCUCCUCUCGCUGCAGCCAUCAGGAAGAAUGUACAGGAGCCUCAGGACUCAUACCACCAGGUUCAGGAACAGUUAUUAUCCCUCAGUCAUCAGGCUCUUGAACCAACUGGGAUAUCUUUACUCAACUUCACUUGAAAUGUUCCCACAAUCUAUGGACUCACUUUCAAGGACUCUUCAUCUCAUGUUCUCAAUACUUAUUGCUUAUUUAUUUAUUAUUAUUAGUAUUUCUUUCUUUUUGUUUUUGCACACUAGUUGAAUGCCCAAUUUGGUGAGAUCUUUCAUUGAUUCUAUGUUAUUAUUCUAUUAUGGAUUUAUUUAAUAUGCCUGCAAGAAAAUGAAUCUUAGUGUUGUGUAUGGUGACAUAUAUGUAUUUUGAUAAUAAAUUUACUUUUCCUCAAAUAUCUCACUUCACAUUUAACCCAUAGUGAAAUGUAUUUGCUUCUUUUCUAACUGUAAUCUGCAUUUUCCAUUCUGUUUAAGUUCAAGUUUAUUGUCAUUCAACCAUGCACAUGCAUACCACACAAUGCGGUAGACAUUAUUCACAUACAUAACACAUAAAGUAAUAUUACCACAAAUAAAUUAACAAUUAAUAAGGUGCAUAUACAAUACAAGUUAAAAAGAAAACAUUUUAAUGCUACUGGUGCUUCAUAUGUAAUGAGAUCUGGACGGUGGCAGGGAGUUCAGUAGCCAUACAGCCUGCGGGAAGAAGCUGUUUCCCCUACCAAUAGUUCUUGACCUAAUGCUACAGUACCUUUUGCUUGAUGGCAGGGAGUCAAAAAGAUUGUUGGAUGGAUGGGUGGGAUCAUUGACAAAGUUAUGGGUCCUGCAUUUGCACGGGUGGAAGAGAAACCACAAUGAUCUUCUCAGCAGUCCUCACAAUCCUCUGCAGGGACUUGCAGUCAGGUGCCUUGCAAUUCCCGUGCCAGAUGUUGAUGCAGUUGGUUAGGACACUCUCAAUGGUGCUCCUGCAAAAAUUGGUUAAAAUGGGGUAGGGGGAGGAGGGAGCUUCACUUAUAAUCUCCUCCGGAAGUGGAGGCACCACUGUGCUUUCUUGACUAAAGAGGUGGUGUUGAGGCACCAGGUGAGAUUGUCUGUUAUGUGCAUUCCCAUAAACUUGGUGCUUUUAACUCUCUCCACGGAGGAGCCACAUUUGUGCAAUGAGGAGUGAUCAGCCUGCACCUUCCUAAAGUCCACAAUCAUCUCUUUGGUCUUGUCCAUGUUGAGACUCAAGUUGUUGUGCUCACACUGUUAUACCAGCCGCUUGUACCUCUUCUCUGUAUGCUGUCUUAUCGUCGUUGUUGAUGAGGUCAAUCACUGUUGUGUCAUUAGCAAACUUGAUGAUUCAGUUUGAACUGGAUCUAGUGGUGCAGUAGUGCAUUAGUAGUGUGAACAGCUGUGGGCUGAGCAUGCAGCCCUGGGGAGUGCCGGUGUUUGGUGUGAUGGAGCUUGAAAUAAGCGAGAAAAUUUGCAGAUGCUGGAAAUCCAAGCAACACAUAAAAUGCUGGAGGAACUCAGCAGUCUGGGCAGCAUCUAUGGAAAAGAGAUGUCGAUGUUUUGGGCCAAAGGGUCUCAGCCUGAAACAUUGACUGUACUCUUUUCAAUAAAUGCUGCCUGGCCUGCUGAGUUCCUCCAGCAUUUUGUUUGUGUUGAUGGAGCUAGAGAUGUUUCUGCCAACACAGACUGACUGUGGCCUUUCUGUCAAGAAGUCCAGGAUCCUGUUACAGAUGGAGGUGUUGAGAGACCCAACAAGGACAGUUUACCCACCAGCUUCUGAGAGGUGAUUGUAUUAAGCUGAAGUUAAUAAACAGCAGCCUGGCAUAUGAGGCACAAUUUUUGUAGGUGGGACAGGAUGGAGUGAAGUGCAGAGACUAUGGUGUCAUCAGUGGAGUGAUAAUCUAGGAAGAUGGGAUUUAAUGCGAUCCAUAACCAGUCACUCAAAGCACUUCAUUAUUGUUGAGGUUAGUGCCAUUUGUUGGAAGUCACUGAGGCAGGUUACUGUUGCUCUCUUGGGCACCAGGAUGAUGGGGCCACCUUAAAGCCUGAGGGAACAGUGAACUGUUCCAGAGAGAUGUUGAAGAUGUCUGUUAGAACCUCAGUUAACUGGGCUACACAGUCUCUCAAGCAUCCGGCCAGGUUAUCAGGUCCCAGAGCUUUAUGUCGGUUGACCCUGGCUAGAGUUUUCCUCACAUGAGCUGUUGUGGUGUUCACAACUACUGAUGAUUUCCUUUUGAUACAAACAAGUGACCAGGAGAGAUUUCUUCACUAACCUAAAGGCACAGCACCAGACUUGACUCUUUCUGAAGCAUCCAUUUUCUCUGAUUGCCUUCUAUCCUUAAGGCAAUUUGCUCCAUCUGUGCUGGGAAUUACACAUAAAGAAUCUUUGUAAAGUAAUUUAUUUAUAACUACUCCAGAUUUUUGUAAGUGUAAAAGAAAUUUCCUUUUUCUAAAUCUGAGUUAUUUCCUCAGAGAUUAAUAAAAAUUUCUAUCCUCUGAGUAUCCAUGAUGUGCUCAGAAAUUUGCUGACUGUCUGACAUAGUUAUGCUGUUUGCACUGUUGGUGCAGUACACACUGUAAACAACAGGAGUUGACUGCAAAGCUGGCAGUGCAUUUUAAGUUGGCUUCCAGUAGGUGGCAACACGUGCCCAGUUCUUUCCCUCCAAUCUGCAGUCUCGCUUCAUUGGGAGCCAGUGUAAACCCAGCAGUUUGGAGGUCACUUUCAUGUCCGAGGACAGUUCAGCUUUAUCUGUCACAUAUACAUCGAAACAUACAGUGAAAUGCAUCAUUUUGUGUCAACAGCCAACACAGUCUGAGGAUUGUGCUGGGGGCAGCCCAAUGUCACCAUGUUUCCAGUGCCAAAAUAACAUGCCCGCAACACAACAAUACAUCUUUGGAAUAUGGGAGGAAACUGGAGCACUCAGAGGAAACUCACGCGGUCAUGGGGAGAAUGCACAAGCUCCUUACAGAUGGCAGCGGGAACCCCAAUUGGUGAUUGUUGGCGCUGUAUCGCAAUGUGCUAACCACUAUGCUACCAUGCUGGUAUAGAAACAUUGAUAACACAGAGAAUUUUGCAGUUUUUUGAUGCCACAUUAAAUGCUAUAGAAGGUUAACAUAUUGCUAAGUAACAACAAAUAAUUUAAAAUUAAGUAAUUCAACAAUGAAAAAUGAUUUUUGCUCAGAUCCAGGUUGGGUUCUAGUGCUAUUUGCAUUUGGGAGUAUGGUGAAAGACAGUCAAAUUUGGAGCUUGGAGCUCUGUGUAAAAUGAAGGGCUUAAGUUGGAGCUCUAUAGGGUGAGAGGCUCAGAAUGAAGCUUUCUAUCGUGCAAGUGUCACCCAGUGGACAUCAGCAUAGAGAACAGCGUCACAGAAAGAAGGAUGUCUCUUUAAUACAGAGAAGAGAAGAAAUUUCUUUACAUAGUGGAAUUCAUUACCACAGACAGCUGUGGAGGCCAAGUCAAUGGGUAUAUUUAAAGAAAAUGUAGAUAACUUUUUGAUUAGUAAGGGUAUCAAAUGAUAUGGGGUGAAGGCAGGAAAAUGGGGUUGGGAAGGAAAAUAAAUCAGCCAUGAAGGAAUGACAGAGCAGACUUAAUGGGCUCAAUGGCCUUAUUCUGCUCCUAUCUCUUAUGGUUCAUAGGUUGAGGGUCUCAAGGUGCAGCACUGCAUAGGCCAGGGUGGGGUGGGUUCAGUAAAUGCAAGUGUAUUGAAUAGCUAAAGCAAAGGGAGGAACGGGGUUGCUUCUGAUCACCAGACAUGGAAGAACAAGGAUGUAAGAGGAGAGCAGUAAAAUCGUUAUCAUGCAUUACCACAGCUGAUGGCUGAGAGCAGGAAAAUAUUUGAGAUAAAUCUUAAGGAGGACUGAGAUAAAGCAGGGAAAUGGCUUUUACUGAAAUGGUAUUCUUGCAUCAGCAUGAGUGUGAUGGUUAGAUGGUCUUCUCUAAUCGCAUUGACUGAUGUGUCCUCAAGCUGAACUGCAGCAGAAAUUACACACAAUAUAGAAACAGGCCACUGGCUCUGCCAGUUCAUGUUUACACUCCUUCUGAGCAAAUGUUAUGAACCAUUUAUCUUUUCAAUGCCCUUUCCUCUAUCUACUCUAAUUAAUCCUCCUUGAUAGACUCUGUAAUUGAGUCUGCCUCAUCAAAAGCCCAAGGAGUAAAUUCUAGCCCCACAAAACAUUGUGAAGAUAUUUAGCCUGUCCUAUAUUCUGCUGCUCUCGUAUCUAAUCUACCAUCUUGGGCUCCUCAAUUUUAAACCAAUUUCUGCUGAAAAUAGCCUGUAUAUACAAUAUAAAUGCUUGAACUUUUUUGCUCUUGCCCCACUUCCCCUUCCUCUUCCAUACCAACGUUCCUCACUCUUUCCCCAUCUGUCUCAGUCCCCCUUUCUGUUCCUGUUCCUCUCAUUUAUCACACUCGAAUAUUCCACCUUCCCCAAUUCCUUUCUUCAUCCCUCUGUUUUUCUUCACAGACCUCUCCCCAUUUUCUUCACACCAUGCCCCCUUCCCCCUAUCCUGUUGACCCCUCACUACUCUCCCAUUUCCCUCUACCUAUGUAGCCUUUUUUUAUUUCCUACAUUCCUGUAUGUAUCCUUUCCACUCACUUUUAUACACUUCAGUAAUUCUAAGUUCAAAGUACAUUUAGUAUAUGUCACCAUAUACUCCCCUGAGAUUCAUUUUCUUGUGGGCAUUCACUGUAGAUACAAAGAAACACAAUUGAAUCAAUGAAAGCUAUACACAAAGACAGACAACCAAUGUGCAAAAGAAGAUCAACUGUGGAAAAAAACCUCAAAUAAUAAUAAUAAAAAAUAAUAAUAUUAAGAACAUGAGUUAUAGAGUCCUUGAAAGUGAAAUCAGUUCAGUACUGUGGUAAGUAAAAUAAUCCAUGAUGGUUCAGGAGCCUGAUGGUGGCACAGCUGCAUAAUAAAAGCAAUGUAAUAUUUUGGAAAUAUUGGCGUCUAACAGAGUGUGCAGAUGAAAGUUCAGCCAAAGUCUGGUUUGAACUGAAUGUCAAGACUCCAGUUUCCUGAGAGUAGCAGAAUCUGGUCCUCAUGGGGUCACUCUUUAUCUUCACUCAGUCAUGGAUUCUGCAAAGUUCACUCAUUAACACUGCAAAGUUCAAACUCAAAUCUCUCUUUUGGAGAAUAUCUCCAGAACCCUAGAUGGUGCAAGGGAAUGGUCCAUUAAUCUAUUGCGACAUAAAUGGAGUGUUCUGUUAAAAAAAAUAAAAGAACCCUGCGGUGAAACUCAGUGGAAGUCAGUGGGAGGAGCAUUUGGAAGCAAUAAAUAUAUUGUAAACCCCAUUGAAAGUCUGCUUCAUCAUUUACUAUCUUAUGCCUGACAGAUACUUCUGCUGUUAUGGUUAUACAAAACAUAAUCCUAAGAAACACACAAUUCAGUUAACACACAAAAUGCUGGAGGAACUCAGCAGGCCAGGCAGCAUCUAUGGAAAAGAUUAUAAUUGAUGUUUCUCAGCCUGAAACGUCAACUGUACUUUUUUCCCUCGAUGCUGCCUGACCUGCUGAGAUCCUCCAGCAUUUUGUCUGUGUUGAUUGGAUUUCCAGCAUCUGCAGAUUUUAUUUUGUUUGUAACAAUCCUGAUGCAAGGAUCUGACACAAACUGUUCACAAUUCCUUCUCCCCAUUCCUCCCCCCCCCCCCACCCCAGAGAUGCUGGUUAACCCACUGAGUUCUUCCAGCAGAUUAUUUAUUGGUCCAGAUUCCAGUAUCUGCAGUCUCUUGUGUUACCAUAAUCAAUUUGUCCUUAUGAAAUCUAAGGACUGUUAAGGAUUGCAUAUUCCUUACCUGUUGUUUUCUGGUUUAAAGGAUAGAAAGAGCUGAAAGUUUCAUUAAUUUUCUUGCAAUUCUCUUGAAUGAAAGCCUCUUUAUACAAAUACAUCAGGGUACCAGAGCCCUUGUGGGGGUUGAACAUAUGGGAUCUCAUACCUUAGUACACCUGGAGUCUCAACCAUAAGGGUCUUCACCAUAACAUUUUGGGUUGGAGCCUUCAGAACUCUGAAGAUUUCAGGUAUGUUGGGUAUCAGUCACUAGUUAAUCAA